AUGACUAUUCCUACUGAAUUUCCCCAGGGGCAGUUCUCCGUGCCAGUGAUUGAUUUCAAGUACUUCCUCAAUGGGUCACCAGAUGAGAGGUUGAAGACUGCGAAAGAAAUGGUUAGGGUGAUGAGAGAAGUUGGAUUCAUGUAUGUGAUAAACCAUGGAAUUUCUGAAUCCGAUCAGAAGAGAAUGUUUGAAUGGAGUGAGGCAUUUUUCAAGCUUACUGAUGAACAGAAACUGAAAUGCGAGCAUCCUCCAAACGGAGCACACCACAGAGGCUGGUCUCUGGUAGGAAAAGAGAAAGUUGUUCAAAUGGUUUUUGACAAGGAUCAAGUUGAAGAUUUGCGCAAGAUUCCUGAUGUAAAAGAAUCUUUUGAAUGCGGAAAUGAAAACCAGAAAGUGUUCUAUAACAUCUGGCCAGACGAGAAUGAUAUCUAUGGGUUCAGAGAGUAUUGUCAAUACUAUUUCAAAAUCUGCAAUGCUACAUCUAAGCAUCUUCUCAGGGCAAUUGCCCUUGGAAUGGGAUUAGAAGAGGAGUUUUUCCUUCCUUACCAUUCGGCUUCAGGUAAUCAAUUGAGAUUACUCCACUACCCACCAACUGAUGAAAAGUCUUUGAAAGAUGGUAAAGCAGAGAGGAUUGCUGCUCAUACGGAUUUUGGUACGUUGACAAUGUUGUUGCAGGACACAUGUGGCGGGCUUGAAGUUGAAGAUCCGCAUAACAAAGGCACCUACGUUGCUGCACCCUGUAUCCCAGGGUCUUUGGUGGUCAACACCGGUGAUUUCUUGAUGAGAUGGUCCAACGACGAGCUUGUUUCUACUUUGCACAGGGUGAGAGCUCCUCCUAUUGACUCCAGCACGGGUGUAUCCAAAGUGCGUUAUUCCAUUCCAUAUUUCGUUUCUGCUGACGACAAUAUGGUGGUGGACUGUUUGCCGGGUACAUUCUCGGAUUCGAAACCUAAGAAGUACUCACCUAUUACGGCGGGCGAAUAUCUUGCAAUGAGGCUUAAUGCAACCUAUUAG